AUGGACUGCAACACCGGAAUGCAGCUGGGGCAGCAGUUCUCGAAGGAUGCCAUGAUGAUGCAUGGUGGCGUGCCCAUGAGCGGCGCCAUGUCGGAGCAGGAUACUCUGAUGAUGAGCGCGCAGGUGGCAGGCGCCAACCCCAUGAUGACGGCUCAGUGGGCACAAAAUUUUCAGCAGCAGCAGGCGAUGCAAGCGAUGCGGCAGCAGCACGAGAUGGAGCAGGCAUUUCAGAACUCGCAGCAGCAGCAACAGCAAGCUACUGUUGCGCAGAGUGGACAAAUGCUUGGCAUGGCUGGGCCGCCGCAGCAGCAGUUUAUGGCGCAGCAGCAGCAAGCAUCCAUGAUGAAUGCCGCUAUGAUGAGCCAGGGGAUGGUGGCGGCUAACAUGGGUUUUGGUAUGAUGAUGCCACGCACGCAGUAUCAGCCGUUGUCCAACCUGUCCGCACUGCAACCCAAGCAGCAGCAGCCGCCCCUUGUCAACCUCGCACCAGCGGCGCAGGACUCGGCGUGGGCGGACCAGCUCAGCCAGCAACAAUGGAGCACCGACUACUCGCAGGUGCAGACCUUCAGUGCACCAGGGAUGGAGGACAAGACAGUGGAGGAGCGCAUAAAGGAUAGCGAAUUCUACAAGUUCAUGGACCAGGUCAAGAAUAAGGAGGUUCUGAUCGACGAGGAGAAGGGCGAGCUGGUGCAGGGCCCCGGCCCCGAGGUGGGGGUGCCAGAGGAUGCGGAGUACCUUCGUCACUGGGCCGAGAUGGAGGGGCUGAACAUGCCGGAGAGCGUCUUCCAGCCGCCUCCACUGGCGAGCGCGAUGACGUCUCCGGAGAACGGGGACCCGGACGCGUACGUCAAGGAGAUGGAUAUGGCCGAGAACGACGUCGAAGACUGGGCGCAGGAGUAUGCGGAGAUGCAGGGGCGCCUGCAGAAGGCGACGAACAGCACCGACUACCCCUUCGAGCCAAACAACCCGUACAUGUUCCACGACUUUCCGUUCGAUGAGGGGAUGGAGAUGCUCCAGCUCGGCAACCUUGCCGAGGCCGCUCUCGCUUUCGAGGCCGUUUGCCACAAGGACAGCAGUAAUGAGAAGGCAUGGCAGAUUCUCGGAACGACGCAGGCGGAGAACGAGAAGGAUGGGCUGGCCAUCAUCGCGCUAAACAAUGCCCGCAAACUGAACCCCUGCAACCUCGACGUUCACGCCGCGCUGAGCGUGUCGCACACGAACGAGCGCAACGCCGACGCCGCCAUGGACUCGCUGAAGGCGUGGCUCGUAAAUCAUCCCGAGUAUGAGCAGCUCGCCUCCGUCUCUAUCCCGCCUGACGCGGAGCUCGACGUGCAGGAAACGUUCUUCUUUGCCGACCCCUCCCGCAUGCGGGAGGCCCGCACCCUCUACGAAGCUGCCAUCGAGAUGAAUCCGAGCGACUCCCAGCUUUUCACGAAUCUCGGCGUGCUGCACAACGUGGCACAUGAGUUCGACGAGGCCGCCGAGUGCUUCCGCAAGGCGGUCGCGCUGAACCCCGAUGACCCAAAGAUGUGGAACAAGCUCGGCGCCACCCUGGCGAACGGCGGCCACCCUGACCAGGCACUGGAGGCGUACAAUCGCGCUCUGGACAUCAACCCAGGCUAUGUACGGGCCAUGUACAACAUGGCAGUGGCGUACAGCAACAUGUCGCAGUACGACAUGGCCGCUCGUCAAAUUGUCAAGGCGAUCGCGUCGCAGCAGGGCGGCACGAAGCCCAGCGGCGAGGGCUCCAUCAUGGCAACACGCAACAUGUGGGACCUUCUGCGUAUGACGCUGAACCUCAUGGACCGCGAUGACUUGGUGCAGUUGACAUACAACGAGCAGUUGGAGCCGUUUGUGAAGGAGUUCAAACUCGAGGGCCACGUCUAA